AUGGUGGGCGGCACGGCCGUCCCCCCGAACCCUUCCCACGGGGUGGUGCGCCCCAGGGGAGGGUGCCGGUCACCCACGGUGCCCCCCCGCACCCCCAACCACCACGGCGCAGUCCUGCGCCCCAGCGCCCGCACACGGCUCCCCGGCCUGGCCCGUGCCCCCCCCCCCGGGCCGGGCGGCGCCCCUGAAGCCACGGCGCCCGUCCUGUCUCCCCAGGUCCACGGCAGGAACCUGCUGUCCAUCGACUACGACCGCAACAUCCGCACGGAGAAGGUGUACGACGACCACCGCAAGUUCACGCUGCGGAUCAUCUACGACCAGGCCGGCCGGCCCUUCCUCUGGCUGCCCAGCAGCGGCCUGGCCGCCGUCAACGUCUCCUACUUCUUCAACGGCCGCCUGGCAGGCCUGCAGCGCGGCGCCAUGAGCGAGAAGAUCGACAUCGACAAGCAGGGCCGCGUCGUCUCCCGCAUGUUCGCCGACGGCAAGGUGUGGAGCUACUCCUACCUGGACAAGUCCACGGUGCUGCUGCUGCAGAGCCAGCGGCAGUACGUGUUCGAGUACGACGCGUCGGAGCGGCUGCAGGCCGUCACCAUGCCCAGCGUGGCCCGCCACAGCAGCAACGCGUCCGUCAUCUUCGACUACAGCGACGACGGCCGCAUCCUCAAGACCUCGUUCCUGGGCACGGGCCGCCAGGUGUUCUACCGCUACGGCAAGCUGUCCAAGCUGUCGGAGAUCGUGUACGACAGCACGGCCGUCACGUUCGGCUACGACGAGACCACGGGCGUGCUGAAGAUGGUGAACCUGCAGAGCGGCGGCUUCUCCUGCACCAUCCGCUACCGCAAGAUCGGGCCGCUGGUGGACAAGCAGAUCUACCGCUUUUCGGAGGAGGGCAUGAUCAACGCCCGCUUCGACUACACCUACCACGACAACAGCUUCCGCAUCGCCAGCGUCAAGCCGGUCAUCAGCGAGACGCCGCUGCCCGUCGACCUGUACCGCUACGACGAGAUCUCGGGCAAGGUGGAGCACUUCGGCAAGUUCGGCGUCAUCUACUACGACGUGAACCAGAUCAUCACCACGGCGGUGAUGACGCUGAGCAAGCACUUCGACACGCACGGGCGCGUGAAGGAGGUGCAGUACGAGAUGUUCCGCUCGCUCAUGUACUGGAUGACGGUGCAGUACGACAGCAUGGGGCGCGUGGUGAAGCGCGAGCUCAAGCUGGGGCCCUACGCCAACACCACCAAGUACACGUACGACUACGACGGCGACGGGCAGCUGCAGGCCGUGGCCGUCAACGACCGGCCCACCUGGCGCUACAGCUACGACCUCAACGGCAACCUGCACCUGCUCAACCCGGGCAGCAGCGCGCGCCUCACGCCGCUGCGCUACGACCUGCGCGACCGCAUCACCCGGCUGGGCGACGUGCAGUACCGGAUCGACGAGGACGGCUACCUGUGCCAGCGCGGCGCCGACGUGUUCGAGUACAACUCCAAGGGCCUCCUCACCCGCGCCUACAACAGGGCCGGCGGCUGGAGCGCGCAGUACCGCUACGACGGCGUGGGCCGCCGCGCCUCCUACAAGACCAACCUGGGCCACCACCUGCAGUACUUCUACUCCGACCUCUACAACCCCACGCGCGUCACCCACGUCUACAACCACUCCAACUCCGAGAUCACCUCGCUCUACUACGACCUGCAGGGCCACCUGUUCGCCAUGGAGAGCAGCAGCGGGGAGGAGUACUACGUGGCGUCGGACAACACGGGCACGCCGCUGGCCGUCUUCAGCAUCAACGGCUUCAUGAUGAAGCAGCUGCAGUACACGGCCUACGGCGAGGUCUACUACGACUCCAACCCCGACUUCCAGAUGGUCAUCGGCUUCCACGGGGGCCUCUACGACCCGCUCACCAAGCUGGUGCACUUCACGCAGCGCGACUACGACGUGCUGGCCGGCCGCUGGACCUCCCCCGACUACGCCCUGUGGAAGGCCGUGGGCCGCGAGCCCGCCCCCUUCAACCUCUACAUGUUCAAGGGCAACAACCCGCUCAGCAACGAGCUCGACCUCAAGAACUACGUCACGGACGUGAAGAGCUGGCUUGUGAUGUUUGGGUUUCAGCUCAGCAACAUCAUCCCCAGCUUCCCCAGAGCCAAAAUGUACUUCGUGCCUCCGCCCUAUGAGCUGUCCGAGAGCCAGGCGAGCGAGAGCGGGCAGCUCAUCACCGGCAUCCAGCAGACCACCGAGCGGCACAACCAGGCCUUCAUGGCCCUGGAGGGCCAGGUCAUCUCCAAGAAGCUGCACGCGGGCGGCCGGGAGAAGGCGGGGCGCUGGUUCGCCACCACCACGCCCAUCAUCGGCAAGGGCGUCAUGUUCGCCAUCAAGGAGGGCCGGGUGACCACGGGCGUGUCCAGCCUGGCCAGCGAGGACAGCCGCAAGGUGGCGUCGGUGCUCAACAACGCCUACUACCUGGAGAGGAUGCACUACAGCAUCGAGGGCAAGGACACGCACUACUUCGUGAAGAUCGGGGCGGCCGACGGCGACCUGGUCACGCUGGGCACCACGCUGGGCCGCAAGGCGCUGGACAGCGGGGUGAACGUGACGGUGUCGCAGCCCACGCUGCUGGUGAACGGCCGCACGCGCCGCUUCACCAACAUCGAGUUCCAGUACUCCACCCUGCUGCUGAGCAUCCGCUACGGCCUCACGCCCGACACGCUGGACGAGGAGAAGGCGCGCGUCCUGGACCAGGCCCGGCAGCGCGCGCUGGGCACCGCCUGGGCCAAGGAGCAGCGGCGCGCCCGGGACGGCCGCGAGGGCAGCCGGCUGUGGACGGAGGGCGAGCGGCAGCAGCUGCUGAGCACCGGCCGCGUGCAGGGCUACGAGGGCUACUACGUGCUGCCGGUGGAGCAGUACCCAGAGCUGGCGGACAGCACCAACAACAUCCAGUUCUUGAGACAGAACGAGAUGGGCAGGAGGUAACGGCACGGCCCGCCGCCAUCUCUGUCUGGAUGGCUCCGCCGAAUCCCGGGAGGUCCUCUCCUAAGGAGACGCAGACCGGGGGCCCUGGAGCCGGGCCGCUUCAGGAUCGCCAGUGGCAGGGAAAGCUCACAUUUUUUUGAGUUCCGAUGCUGCUAUGUAAGCACCCACGUCGUUCCUCAUCCUGAAGUAGAUUAGACCCUGGCGGCCGCCCUCCGCCACGCCGCACCGACCCCACGGAGGAAC